AUGUCCUGGUUCCAGAAGACCUUCACCCUGCCCGCGCGCAGCCGCGGCUCCUACCUGAUCACCGAUCACGUCCUCUCGGAGCUGCCCGAGAUCCACGACUACAAGGUCGGCAUGCUGAACCUGUUCGUGCAGCACACGAGCUGUGCGCUGUCGCUGAACGAGAACUGGGACGACGAUGUGCGGGCGGAUAUGAGUGAUGCGCUGGAUCGCAUUGCGCCCGCCGAUCGGAAGGGCAAUUUGUAUCGCCAUUCGGCUGAGGGAGAGGAUGAUAUGCCGGCUCAUAUCAAGUCCGCGCUCAUCGGUGCCUCGGUGAAUAUCCCCAUCUCCAAUGGCCGCCUGGCGACUGGCACUUGGCAAGGUAUUUGGUACCUGGAGUUCCGUACCAGUCGGCAUUCACGCAAGGUUGUCGCAACCAUCCAGGGUGAAAAGGCGUGA